AUGCGCGCGAAAGAAUGCAGCACCAGCAAGCCUCGGAUGGCCGAUCUGCGGUACGCACAUUCUUUUCUUGGAUACCCAGAGAUUUUGACCAACCCUGCCAACGAAGUUACGUCCCAACACGGCGAGUCGAACGACGACGAUGAUGAGAGCAUGGCCCAGGGGGUCACAGCAGGGCUGUCAGUCCCCAAGGUAGGGCCCCCGUCCCCGGCUCUCCCUUUGCUCUACCCCGCCUCAUUGAUUGAGGCCCCCGCCAUCUCCGUUCGGCACUACCGGGGGGCACCACGGGGGGGGGACACGGCCGACGCCGUUACGCACCAUCCAGCGUCCACGACUAGGCAGUGCGAGUACCCGCCGGUUGGCCGCAUCAAAGCAACAACGUACAUCCAUGACUUGCCGCUUCCCGGCGCCGUGCAACGACGGCAUCGUGAUAAUCUCUCACUUCUCUCCCCUUCUUCCUCGCUCGCCUCACACACCUGUGCCCUUUGGUCCAACCUCUUCGGUACUUGGCUCCAGCAGCCGUCAUUGAUGCUGUGCAACCUCGAGACGGCGCUGUGCCAGAAGGAUCCCCAACGCCCGUUGUCGCCCGCCCCCGCUGCUGCUGCUGCUGCUCACCUGAGAUUCACCUGA